AUGGCGGCCAGCGUAGUUCCACCGGGGCGGGGAGCCCGCAGGGCGACCACCGACGACGACAAGCUUGUCUUCGAGACGACGGACGGCAUCGAGCCGGUCGCCAGCUUCAACGACAUGGGAAUCAAUAACAGUCUGCUUCGUGGAAUCUACGAGUACGGGUUCGAGAAGCCUUCCGCCAUUCAGCAGCGAGCCGUUAUGCCGAUAUUGAAAGGCCGAGACGUCAUUGCCCAGGCACAAUCCGGUACCGGAAAGACCUCCAUGAUUGCCCUCACAGUUUGCCAGGUCGUCGACAUCAACAGCAAAGAGGUGCAGGCAUUGGUAUUGUCACCUACACGGGAGCUGGCUUCACAAACAGAGAAGGUUAUCCUAGCAAUAGGUGGCUAUUUGAACAUUCAAGCUCAUGCAUGCAUUGGUGGAAAAAGUGUGGGUGAAGAUAUUAGAAAGCUAGAGCAUGGGGUUCAUGUUGUAUCUGGAACACCAGGAAGAGUAUGUGACAUGAUCAAGAGAAGGACUUUGCGCACUAGAGCCAUUAAACUAUUAGUCCUUGAUGAAUCCGAUGAGAUGUUGAGCAGAGGUUUCAAGGAUCAAAUAUAUGAUGUUUACAGAUAUCUUCCACCAGAACUUCAGGUUUGCUUGAUCUCAGCCACGCUGCCGAAUGAAAUUUUGGAGAUGACAGGAAAAUUCAUGACAGAUCCAGUGAAGAUCCUAGUAAAGCGUGAUGAACUGACUUUGGAGGGUAUCAAACAGUUUUUUGUUGCUGUCGAGAAGGAGGAGUGGAAAUUCGAUACUCUUUGUGAUCUUUAUGAUACACUUACCAUCACUCAAGCUGUUAUUUUCUGUAAUACAAAGCGGAAGGUUGAUUGGUUAACUGAGAAGAUGCGCUCCAGCAACUUCACAGUCUCGUCUAUGCAUGGUGACAUGCCUCAGAAAGAGAGAGAUGCAAUUAUGAAAGAGUUCAGGGAUGGCACUACACGUGUCCUCAUCACUACUGAUGUUUGGGCCCGUGGACUAGACGUUCAGCAGGUGUCUCUUGUGAUCAAUUAUGACCUGCCAAACAACCGUGAGCUGUACAUUCAUCGAAUUGGUCGGUCUGGACGUUUUGGACGCAAGGGUGUGGCCAUCAACUUCGUGAAGUCGGAUGAUAUCAGGAUUUUGAGAGAUAUAGAGCAAUACUACAGCACCCAGAUUGACGAAAUGCCAAUGAAUGUCGCUGACCUGAUAUAG